AUGGGACGUCGCCCGGCUCGCUGCUACCGCUACUGCAAGAACAAGCCGUUCCCCAAGUCGAGGUACAACCGUGGUGUCCCCGACCCGAAGAUCCGCAUCUUCGACCUGGGACGCAAGAAGGCCUCGGUCGACGACUUCCCCUUCUGCGCCCACCUGGUCUGCGAUGAGCACCAGCAGAUUACCUCGGAGGCGCUAGAGGCCGCCCGUAUCUGUGCCAACAAGUACAUCACCAAGACGUCGGGCAAGGACUCGUUCCACCUGCGCGUCCGCGUCCACCCGCACCACGUCAUCCGCAUCAACAAGAUGCUUUCGUGCGCCGGUGCCGAUAGGCUCCAGACCGGCAUGCGCGGUGCCUACGGCAAGCCCUACGACACCGUCGCCCGCGUCGACAUUGGCCAGAUCCUCCUCUCGGUCCGCACCCGUGACUCGAACAAGGCCGUCGUCCUCGAGGCGCUCCGACGAUCGCGAUACAAGUUCGCCGGUCGCCAGAAGAUCAUCAUCUCCAAGAAGUGGGGCUUCACCAACAUGAACCGCGAGCAGUACCAGACCGCCAAGGACCAGAACCGCAUCCUCAAGGACGGCUGCUACCUCCAGUACGUCGCCCCCAAGGGCCCCCUCGAGGACAACCUCCGCCUCCAGGCCCGCAUCGCCGCCCAGAAGUAA